GUCGCUCUUCGCUUCCACCUCCGCAGCGCGCUUAUAAAGUCGCGCCCGGCGCGAGUCGGCGGGUUCGAACCGCCCAGAAAGCGUCGUCGUUGAGCGCUCGGUGGCGAACGCAAAAGACAGUGGUGACGAGAAGGCGUGCGCGCACGCCAUCGGGUACGGGCGGGGUGGGCUCUGCAAAAAAGAGAAAAACAACAACAACAAAACCGUUUAACCUUUUCGUCAAUUCCGCCGCUUCGGGAGCACGCGCUAGCGAGACGCGAUGGCGGAGAAGUCGCGCUUCCAAGUGGCCAAGGUGGACUACGUGAACGAGGCGAUGGCGCCGGACGAAGACGAUGAGGACGUGCCCGGGACGCCUACGGCCGUGGCCGCCGCAUCCAUGGGUGGUGGUCCCCAGUGCGUGGUGACCAGCGCGUCGACGUCGCCCACCGAGCUGGCCAACUACGGCACCGUGUACGACACCGUGAACGUGAAGAGUCUGCUCCACUACACUCACGAGGCGCUUCCCCGCGUCGACCACUACCGGAACGUGAUGUCGGUGCACGGACACAUCAGUCGGCCCACGCUCGACGAGCUGCACUACAGCGGACGGGGAUCCAUCGCGGGACUCACGCAGUCGAAGUCCUUCAGCGAGAAAAUUCAGGGUGAAGUCAGCACAUCGGCUGCUGUAAAGUUCGGCUGGAUACAAGGAGUGCUGGUCCGAUGCCUUCUCAACAUAUGGGGUGUGAUGCUGUUUCUCCGGCUAUCCUGGGUCGUAGGACAAGCUGGAAUCGGUCUCGCCAUCGCCAUCAUCCUACUAGCAUCUGCAGUCACCAUGCUGACAACGCUUUCCAUGUCGGCAAUUUGCACAAAUGGAGAAGUAAGAGGAGGUGGGACGUACUACAUGAUAUCACGGAGUCUUGGGCCGGAGUUUGGCGGCGCCAUCGGGUUGAUUUUCUCAUUAGCAAACGCUGUGGCCGUUGCCAUGUACGUCGUUGGUUUUGCAGAAACUGUGCAAGCCGUAUUGAAGAGGCAAGACCAGCUGAUCGUGGACGGUGACAUGAACGACAUCCGCAUCAUCAGCUGCGCCACGGUGGUCGUGCUUCUCUGCAUCGCGCUCAUCGGCACUGAGUGGGAGUCCAAGGCGCAAAUCGUGCUGCUCGUGAUCCUGUUGGCGGCUAUGGUUGACUUCGUUGUCGGAUCCUUCUUCCUGCCCAGCACAGACCUCAUGGCCAAGGGCUUUAUUGGCUACUCCGGCACUCUGUUCAUGGAGAACUUAAAGCCUGGCUUUAGGGACGGCGAGACUUUCUUCGACGUCUUCUCUAUCUUCUUUCCGGCGGCCACGGGUAUCCUGGCCGGUGCCAAUAUAUCCGGUGAUCUAAAGGAUCCUCAAAAGGCGAUCCCCCGUGGCACCCUGUUGGCCAUCUUUAUCACGACGUUGUCGUACAUCGCCUUCGCCGUCAUAGCAGGCACCACAGUCCUGCGUGACGCCAACGGCUUCCCUUUCAACCUGACCGAAGCCGGAGUCAACUUCGCCGACAUCGCCAACUGCACCAUGUCCGAGGCUGACAAGUGCGAGUAUGGACUCAUGAACUACUUCCAGGUCAUGGAAAUGGUGUCCGCUUAUGGCCCUCUGGUCGUCGCCGGUGUCUUCGCUGCCACGCUGUCCUCGGCGUUGGCCAGCCUGGUCAGCGCCCCCAAGGUCUUCCAGGCUCUGUGCAACGACAAGCUCUUCCCGUACAUCCACUGGUUCGGCAAGGGCUUCGGCAAGAACAACGAACCUCGGCGAGGUUACCUGCUCGCCUUCGGCAUUUCUCUUGCCUGCUGUGCCAUCGGCGAGCUGAAUGCUAUCGCGCCCAUCAUCUCCAACUUCUUCCUUGCGGCCUACUGUCUCAUCAACUUCUCCUGUUUCCAUGCUUCGUUCACCAGGAUGCCUGGUUUCCGGCCUGCAUUCCGCUACUACAACCUGUGGGUGAGCCUACUGGGUGCCAUUCUCUGCCUGAGCGUCAUGUUCAUAACCAACUGGCCCACGGCACUCGGCACGUUCGCCAUCAUCCUAGGGCUCUAUAUCUUCAUCUACAACCGAAAGCCCGAUGUCAACUGGGGUUCGUCAACUCAAGCGCAGACGUACUUGGAUGCGCUCAACAGCGUCGUGAAACUCAACAACGUCCGCGAUCACAUCAAGAAUUACAGGCCUCAGAUCUUGGUGCUUACUGGAAACCCUGCUGACCGCCUGCCUCUCGUCGACUUCGCCUACUUGCUCACCAAGAAGCUUUCCCUCAUGGUAUGCGGAGACAUCCGCAAGCCUCCGGUGUCGUACAGAUCGCGCAACGCCCUAAUGUCCAAGGCGUACAGCUGCUUCGAACAGCGCAAGGUCAAGGCCUUCUACAGCGUGGUCGUGGACAACAGCUUUUCCAAGGGCGUCCUCUCGCUGAUACAGCUUGUCGGCGUUGGCAAGCUUCGGCCCAACGUUGUCCUCAUGGGCUUCAAGGCUGAUUGGCAGACUUGCCCGAAGCAGGAGCUCCAGGAGUACUUCGACGCCAUUCACCAUUCAUUCGACUCGCACAUGUCCCUGUGCAUCCUGCGCCUCAACGAGGGCAUCGACUUUUCCAAGUACUCGGCCGAGGAAAUGUCUGCCGGCGCGACCACGAGUUCGGACGCCGCGUCGGCAGGGCCCGCGGGCACCGAAGGCAGCCUCAACCGGGACGCCUCCUCGACUGACAACCUUCCCAGGCACGGCUCCAACUCGCAGCUCUCGCAAGCGGGCAGCUCGUGCGACGAAGACGAGUCGUCGACGCCGCCGCAGACUCCAACCGCGGAGAGGACGAACAGGGACUCCGGCCUGGGCACGUACCGCAAGAACAGCUCUUCCCCGUCGGCCAACCCCAACGGCGACGCCUCGGCCGGUGGAGGCGCUGCGAGAAAGCAGAGCAGCGGCGCCGGGGCCGCGGUCAUCGGCCACGAGAGCGUCACGGUGACGUUCCGGCGCGACUCCUCGGCGCCCACGGUGCUGCAGCGCUGGACGCGGCGCACCUCGUCCCAGGCCUUCGAGCGGAGCGUGCCUAAGAACGUGGUGCAGUCGGUGAACCAGUUCCAGCGCAAGCAGAAGAAAGGCUCCAUCGACGUCUGGUGGCUCUACGACGACGGAGGCUUGACAAUGCUUAUCCCGUACCUUUUGUCGACGAGGUCCCAGUUCUCAAGCUGUCACCUCAGGGUGUUCGCGCUCGCCAACAAAAAGUACGAGCUGGACAAGGAACAGCGCAACAUGGCUGCCCUCUUGAGCAAAUUUCGCAUAGAAUAUUCUGACGUGACCAUCAUUCCCGAUAUCGUGAAACCACCGCAGGAAUCAACGAAGGAAGAAUUCUUUAAACUCCUGAACCCAUGGAGGCGAUCGUCGAAGGAUGCAGAGUCCGAUCAGAUGCCAGCGCCGUUCGUGUCAGAGUCCGAGAUUCUAGCCGUUAAAGAAAAGACAAACCGAAAUUUGAGACUGCACGAGCUUCUGCGGCAAUACUCAACAGGUGCAUCGCUAAUAGUGAUGACCUUGCCCAUGCCUCGCAAGGGAACCUGCACUGCGCCUAUGUACAUGGCGUGGCUGGAAAUGCUCACGAAGGACAUGCCUCCGUUCCUGCUUGUACGGGGGAACCAGACCAGCGUGCUCACCUUCUACUCGUAGAGAACAGCGUAAAGCACACCGUUUCCAGAAAACCCUGCAUAAAGAAGAAAAAAAAGCACCGCCAAUAUGAAGGGUGAAGAGCCUUGCGCCACCUAUACGGCGUGCCGCGGUGCGUGGCCUGGUGCUGUGACGUCACAAAUCAGUCUCCCUCCACUGGACUGCAUGUGCGAGUUUUAUAUAUAGUUCAUCAUUUGAUUUUUUUUCUUCCGUUCAUUUUCUUUUUCGGAAUUUGUAGUUCAGAUUUUAUUGAAGAAUAAUAUGUAAAAGGGAUGUAGUUUAUGUAUUAGAGGGAAAGAAACAGCUGUCGUUUCACGCUCAGUGCACGCUCAUUUGUAAAUAUCGUCAUGUGCAAUCAAAGUCAGGCUGUCAGUCACUCGCCAUCGCUUUGAUUCUUGUUGAUUUUUGAUUCUGUAUAUUUGUGGGCAGAAUAUUCGACGCUUAUAGAUGCAACUAGGAACACCGGAUUUAAUUCUGCAGCAGCGCUCGCGAUGGCACCGUCGUAUUUUUCGUGUGCUAAGAUCGCCAGCGAAGGGCUUUUUAUACUCGAGGGCGCUCGAAAUUUCGUUCUCGACUCAUAUCGAGUACUAUGGUUCAUUAUGAAUCCGAGCUUACAUUAACCGGUGGCAGUACUUUGCGCAGUCUUAACAUUCGUAGCUACAGCACGGGCUUCCUCGUUAUUUUUAGGUGUUGAACGCUAAUCUCCAUAGAGCGUGCGAAAGACUGCGCAUCGCCGUUUGACACGAAGUAUCUAGCUUGCCAAACAGCUGGCGUGACGGCUACGUGCGUUAGCAGAGCUUGUGAAACGACAGUCGGCAUCAGCAUGCCUGCAAAUGUCGUAUAAAAUUUAUGUUCCAAAUAAGUCAUAUCUCCAGGUCUCCCUGCCAAAGUGUCCAUCAGUCAAUAAAAAAACGUAACAUACAAAAAAAGUUUAUGGCGCACUCCGCAGACCUGAGUGCCGAAAAACUCUUUUCCAAAAGUCAGCGUUGCUCCCCCCCCCCCCCCCCCCCCCCACCCCCCGUAAAGAAAACAUUCGACUUAGUACAAAUACAAAGCUGUACAUAAUUCACGGGGUGUUACUAGAGCAUUCCGAGCCAGCCCUCGCUUGCUAGUGAUCCUAAAGCGAGUCGUUCCUUCAUGAAUUGCUAUAGUUGCAGUCCGAUUUGCGAUGGUCACGAGAGAACUUAUAUUCUUGAACGAGUGCAAAUGUACUCCUCCUUUCCCUCUCGCCCAGCUCUUGCUUUCGUCGCUCGAUUUGCUGCCAUACGUUGCGCAGUAGAUCAACGUCUAGUCCUUUCGUGAAAUCGAGUGUGUGUGUGUGUGUGCGAGUGCGUUUUUUUUUUUAUACAUAUAUGAUAUAAUCCUGCAAUAGAUUGUACAGCAGAGGAGCUAAAUAAAGGGCACAAGCCAAGGGCGUGAUUGCUUUUA